GCUGGUGCCACCACCGCCGCCGCCUCCAGCCCACCCCCAGCGGGGCUCGCCUGCCUGCCGGUUUGGCUGAGCGGCGGGGAGCGAGGCGAGGCGGAGGCAGCUCUCGCUCCGCCCAGCCCAGCCGGGCUCCUGCUUUUCCCGGGGGCUGCCGAGGCUUGUCCCAGCCCCGCCGGCGCGGCGAGAUCUAGCCCGUCUCCCCGUCCCAAGUUUGCGCCAGGAGAGCCGAGAGGCGCCGCGUCCCCGGGCCGAGCAGGGCGCGCCACCGCCGGCGGGCUUGGAGCGCGGCGAAGCCCCUCUCGGGGGGGGCGGCUGCGGGGCCGAGAGCCGGGCCGAGGCCCCCGCCGGUGCUGCUCCGCCGCCGCGUGGCCAGGGGCGCCUUCGCCAGCCAUGCCUCCCCGCGCGCCGCCCGCCGCCGCCGCCUGGCUGCUCCCGCUGCUGCUCCUGCUCGCCGCCACCGCCGCCUCGGCCGAGCCGCGCUCGCGAAGUUGCUCCGAAGUCAAGCGGCUCUACGUGGCCAAGGGCUUCAGCCAGACCGAGGCGCCCAGCCACGAGAUCAACGGUGAUCACUUGAAAGUCUGCUCACAAAGCUACACAUGCUGCUCUCAAGAAAUGGAAGAGAAAUACAGCCAGCAGAGCAAACAUGACUUCAGAAAUGCUGUUUUUGAACUUAGCAAUAAUUUGCAAGCGACCUUCAGUGCCAGAUACAAAAAGUUUGAUGAAUUCUUCAGAGAACUUCUUGAAAAUGCAGAAAAAUCCUUGAACGAUAUGUUUGUAAGGACUUAUGGCCUCCUGUACAUGCAGAAUUCAGAAAUGUUUAAGGACCUCUUUGUGGAGCUGAAGAGAUACUACACAGACGGGAAUGUCAACUUGGAGGAGAUGCUCAAUGACUUCUGGGCCCGUCUCCUGGAGCGUAUGUUCCGCCUAGUCAACCCCCAGUACCAUUUCUCUGAUGAGUACCUGGAAUGUGUGAGCAAAUACACGGAGCAGCUGAAACCAUUUGGAGACGUUCCACGGAAGUUGAAACUGCAGGUGACGCGAGCGUUUGUGGCAGCUCGCACCUUUGCACAAGGCCUGGCAGCAGCAAGAGAUGUCAUCGGCAGAGUUUCAGCGGUUAACCCAACACCGCAGGGGGUUCACGCAUUGCUGAAGAUGAUGUACUGUCCCUACUGCCGCGGUUUAGUUGCUGUGAAGCCGUGCUACAACUACUGCUUCAAUGUCAUGAGGGGCUGUCUGGCCAAUCAAGGAGAACUGGACACAGAGUGGAACAAUUUCAUAGACUCCAUGCUGAUGGUGGCUGAAAGGCUGGAGGGUCCCUUCAACAUAGAGUCAGUCAUGGACCCAAUUGAUGUGAAGAUCUCCGAUGCCAUUAUGAACAUGCAAGAGAACAGCCUGCAGGUGUCUCAGAAGGUUUUCCAAGGAUGUGGGCAGCCCAAAAUGCUCGUGCAAAGUCGGGCAUCUCGCUCUAUCUCAGAAAGUAGCUUCAGUGCUCGUUUUAGGCCGUACAACCCAGAGGAGCGACCAACAACAGCAGCUGGCACGAGCUUAGAUCGGCUGGUGACAGAUGUGAAAGAAAAACUGAAGCAAGCAAAAAAGUUCUGGUCCUCUCUUCCUGGCAACAUCUGUAAUGAUGAGAAGAUGGCCGCUGACAACGUCAAUGAAGAAGAGUGUUGGAAUGGAAGCAACAAAAGCAGGUACAUCUUUGCGGUGACAGCAAAUGGCCUAGCCAAUCAGGCAAACAAUCCUGAAGUGCAGGUUGACACCUUGAAACCAGACUUAAUGAUUCGUCAGCAAAUUAUGACUCUUCGAAUCAUGACCAGUAAAAUGAAAAAUGCUUACAAUGGGAAUGAUGUAGACUUCAUUGAUAUAAGUGACGAUGCCAGUGGAGAAGGCAGUGGAAGUGGUUGUGAGUUACAGCAGUGUUCCCCAGAAUUCGUGUUCAAUGCAACAGAAGUAAUACGGGAUACCAAGAAAGCAGACAAAGAGUUGGACGAUUCUGCCACCAACGUGGGCCUGUCAGAAGCUGCCUUGCUUCUUAGCGUUUUCUCAUUCCUGGCUGUACAAAGACAGUGGAGAUAACCAUUCCCCCCCCUUUUUUUUUUUUAGAAUUGGAGAGGGGAGAAAAAAAUGACUCUUCUUUAAAAAAUAGAAAAAGGCACCUGAUUUCACUUUUAUACCAUCUAGAGACUUUUGGGGGGAGGGGGAAAGGAUUGUUUGUAAGUUAACGGACAGCAAUGUACAGUUUUGUUUUGUUUUUGUUAAGUUGCCACUGGUUUUUAAUAAGUUUUUCCUUCUUUCUCUCUCUCCCUCUCUCAUAUUUUUGGAAAUGGGAGAGAAAAGCAAACAGGAAUUUGGACCUGUUAGUCUGACCUGUUUACUGAGAUGCCACAAUAAAUGUGGUUAACAGAGUGUACAUACAGGCCUGUAGUUAGCAAUGCUUUUGUCUUGUGGUAUUUUUGUUUUUAAAUCAAAAUUCUCUGUCAUCUUCCCCAUUCCCCAACCUUUUUAACUUUAUUUUAUCCUAUUUCAUACAAAACCCCCUCCAGAUUCCUGUUUUGGCAUGUAUUGAGCCCGUCUUUCUGGGGGGAAAAAUGAAAUUAUCUGUACAGAAGCAAAAGGUUUUUUUUUUAAUUUAUCAUAUUUCAUGGAGAAAGAAACUGCCUAUCAAGCAACAGAAAGUGCUUUGUGUAGUGGAGUUCCCACACAUAUCCAUUACGUUAGAUGCCUUAUCUUAAGAGAAAAGUAGAGCUAAUCUUUUGGGGGUUACCAACUUUUAGAACAGAAUGUGAAGGCUUGGCUUUAUAACCUUGUUUGAUGCUGUAGAAAGAAUUACCUCGACCCUCCUCCCCCACGCAAAUUAUUCAGCUGCAUUUUUGGGUUAUUGGGUUAGAUGCGUGGGGGGCGGGGAAUCAAUGCAAUUCUAGCUACUGGCUAUUCCUUGAGGCCCAUCCGGGUGUCUCUCAAGAGCAUACCUAUUAAUGGGUCUCUGACACAGGCUUAUCACUAGAACAUCCACUGUGUUACCUUCUUAUAAAUGUUCUUGCAGAGGAUGUAAGAGCCAGUCUGCCAGUCCUGCCUGCAAGCUGGAAUAUUGAAAAGAUCCUUGUUAAAGCAUGGUUUCACCCACCCAACAGAGGCAUGAUAGAGGCAGGAGCAUGGCAGGAAUGGAUUCUUGGGAAACAAGUGAGGCUGUGAUAUUUCACCUGAAGGGAGAUCAGUCCCACACAGGGAGUGUAAACUGCAUGCUGAGAUUUUCACUUCUCUCUGUGCUUAUCUGCUCCCUACAGGAGCUCUGCCACAGAAAGUGGUGGCAGCUAAAAUAAUUGUACAUAUUUUUAUUUGUAUUUUUAAAGGAAUUAAAUUGCUUUAAAGGAAUAACAGGUAUAAGUCUGCAAAAAAGAACUAAAAAUUGUUCUGGAAAUUUUUCCUACCUUAAACAGAUGUUGGCAUCCAGUAGAGUCCCUCCGUCUCCAAAAGCAUGUGACCCAAUAGAAAAAGAGAGAGAGAAUGAUGGACAGAUUUAUUACAAUCCAGCCUUGUAUUCUGAGGUUGGGUUGAGCUAUUUUCUCUCCUAUUUUUAUACUGAAACAUUAAUUAGCUCAGGGUCAGAAUUUUUGUUCACACACCAAAUUCCUGUAGAACUUUAAAGAUAAAAUAGGCUUGGCUGAUACUACAAUAAACCAAUCCCAGAGGCAUCAGAUUUCUAGAAGUUUCUAGCCAGUUAUUUAUUUUUUUAAAAAACAAAAAAAUAUGUUCUAUAACUCAACAAGGCAUUUUCUGGCUAGGUGUUUGGGGUUUGUUUUCUUUUCUUUUGUAGAAACCCAGUCAUAAAUGCAUAAAAUGUGGCGGGGGGGGGGGGAGUUAUAAAUUUGUCCAUGGGAAGGAUUGUAAAUAGUUGCAUUGCUUUUGCAAGGAGUUGGAAAAUGGUGCCGAUGACCAAGAAACUACCUCAGUUCUGAGGAAUUUCCUUUCUAGCUGUUUUUUUGAGUGCUAUUACACUGACUUGGUAGAAAUGAAACUCGGGCCUUCAGUACGCUGCCAAAGGGAGUUAUCCCCUGCAGAUCUUGUUAGAUUGCUUUUAAUUUAAAGCAUCGAACCAAGUCCAGCUGUUUUUCUUGCAGCUCUGUUCCCUGACAAAGGGGUGGGGGGGGGGGCUGAUGAUGGUUUCCAUGACUCCUAAUGAACUGGAUUUGGCCAUGUUCCUUUCCCCCCAAUUGUCUUUUUUAAUUGUUUUAAAUGGGCUUAUUAUGAAUGUCAGUUGUGAAAUAACACAAGCCAACCUUAAAUGCAGAGAUUUCUUGUGCUGUUAUUUUAGUAGGGUCUAACUGGAUAAUUUAGGGGGUGGGGAGAGUUAUGGUUAACAAGCUUGCCAAUAAGAUUAAGUGGGUUGUGGGGAAAAGAUUGUGAAGGGGGGGGGUAGGCACAAUAAAACUUAGUAGAGUUGAGAGAUCAAAAUGGUAUGGAGCAAGCAUUAUCUAUGGAAGAAUAAACCUUUCUGGAUUCACCAGCUUGGGCUGAAUUAAGACCUGGUUCACAGACUUGUUUGUCAGAUGGUUGUGAAGUCAAGAUCAGCAAAUGGUGGCUUGCAUGUGUGAAUGAGCGAGCACCAAUGAACAUCACACAUAUAACUUCCAUGGCAAAAAAGGUUCAGCUGUCUUGUUGUGAAGAACAGGAGAGUCAGAGAUAUCAAGUGACUUGCAUGGUUGUGUGAACCAGCCUAGAUGGUUUUCCUUGUUUCUGUUUUUUAAAGACUUUAUAUGUUCACUUUUUCUUUUGGCUUUACAAAGCAGACAGCCCUCUUCAUGUACGGAACAACCUCCCCCUCAUUUUCUAUUUAUUGUUUUUUUAAUGAAUGGCUUACUAAUUAUUAUUCAUCAGGUUCUGUUUUAGUAAGAGCAGGGGAAAAGACGUGGUUGUCUGAGCCCAAUAUAAAUGUAAAUAUGACAGAAUAUGGCUUUGUUUAGAAGAUUGCAUUCUUAAGGUCUGUGUGUAUAUGUAACACAGAAGCCUAGAAAUUUGUUGAGGAUCAUUACUUGUAGUAUGGGGUCAGGUUUAAUAGUUCAAAUGUAUAAGUUUCACCUUUCUUUCUGUUACAUAGUUCUAGACGUUACAGAUCCUGCAAGAAGCUUCAAAACCUGCCAGGUUGCAUUAUCUGCCUCAGUAGUGGGGGCUGGAGAAAGAUGUGAAUGUUUUUUUCUGCUCAUAGUGCAUGAGCAAUGCUGUUUCUGAUCCAGUUCUUUUCCAUAUAGUAAUAAUAAUCGCUAAUGUUUGUACAGCAUGUUGAGCAUUCAAACUGUUUCUUAUAUACUAUCACAGUGAUUCUUACAACCGUACAGGAAGAUGGCAUUAUCCCCAUAUUGCAAAUGAAUCCAAGUGACUUGCUUAAGAUCACCUAGUAACCUGGUGACUUGGAUCCCAUCUAAAUGUCUCAGUCGCUACAUUACUCCAAAUCCAUUAAGUGAUCUUGCUGAAUCAGUCCAACUAGAUGGUCAUUCUGUUUGCAACAGCAGCCAGGCUGGGCAGGAAUGUGAAAACUAUCCCCUGUUGUCUAGCUUCUGGAACUCCAGAGGUACACUACCCCUACACAUGGAGUUUUCACUGUUUCAUACAACCUCCAGCAUUCUCAGUCCUGAUUUUUCAUGCUUAUGUUUCUGUGUGUGUUCACACGCUUACUCCUUCUAUUCUUUCUGUUAUUGAGACUCUGGCAGCAAUUUCUGCUGUUGACACUAGCCAUUAAAAAAAAUUAAGAACACAUCUUAUGUGCUGUAAACAACCAUGUACAUUGAAGUAGUCUCAGUAAUAAGCUAACAUGAAAAUUUGAAGAAGAAAAACUGGUUUCAGAAUCCACAGACACCUUGGCUUCUUAUUGGGGAACAUGAGGGUCAUAAAAAUAGAACCCCGUCAACCUCAUACCAGGCACUUAAUUGGAAAAUUUAUUCUUAAAUAAGGGAUAUAGAAAUGUUGCCCUUUUUCAUCUCCAUUUUUGUAUGGUACUGCUAUAAGGCUUUUUGCUUUUCGCAUUUUCAUUGCCAGCAUUCCUGACUUGUUCAUUUUCAUUUACUGCACUUUAUAGUUAAUAUGCUAUUUUUACACAAUUGCCUGAAAAAUGUGUAAACUUAGUUGGCAAAAUUUGGUGCACACAAACAAAACUGAAAAUAAAGGCUCGUGCUCAAUUCACAGAACAGAGGUACACAGCCAAAAUGAGGGUUUUCAAGUCAGAAUGAUGGGGCUGUGAAACUCAGUAAUAUUACUGUUCAUUAAGAGCUGAAAAUACUACUGGCCUGAUUUCCAAUUAAUUCAUUUCUUGGGGCGGGGGGGGGGGGGGGGAUACUGUAUAUACUCUCGUAUAAGCCAAGCUUUUCCAGCCCUGUUUUAAGGCUGAAAAAUGCCCCCUCGGCUUAUACACGAGUCUUGCUUACCAGCCGGCUCUUCAGGCCUCUGUCCAGGCUGGGUGUGUGUGGCCGGAACAACCUCCCUGUGGCUGCAGCAGCCACUUGUUGCUCCUUCCACCUCCCAGCUGGGUUUGGAGGUGGAGGGAGCUCCUUAUUUGGGCAAUGACAUCAGGGGGAGUCACUGCCGAAAUAAGGAGCUCCCUCUGCCUCCCAGCUUCCCACCUUCGGCUUAUAGGUGAGUCAAUAGGUGUCCCCAGGUUUUGCUAGUAAAAUUAGGUGCCUGGGCUUAUACACGAGUCGGCUUAUACACGAGUUUAUACGGUGUAUGAUUUCUGAAGAAAACGCUAAAUAUCCCAGAUAAGAGAAUGGGAGAAGUGGUACCCAGAAAGACGUAUGAUAGGCUAAAGCAGGCCGGCCAGUGAACUCAUUGGGGAGGGCAGAGGCUAUCCUUUCAGACCAAGGGGACAGAAAGCAGCAUGGGGUGAUAUCAGGAUAAGCAAAACCGGUGAUAUGGUUGUGGUUCCAGCACAUCGAUGGGGUUGGCUAGCCUUUGCCAUCACUGUAUAGAGUGAAGCAUAUCAUUGGGAAUGAGGAGGGAGUGGAGCAGAGAGUUAGAAAGGGAGGACUCCAAACAAUGAGGGUAGGUCCAGUUAUUGGGCCAUGCUGUUAAGGGUUGGUGGUGCAGUGGAGUUGGGAAAGAUGGGGUAAGCCUGAGGGAGUAAGCUUAACUGCUGAAGGGAAGAGGCUGGCCGGUUGCCAGUUGUGUGAGUUUUUAUACACAAAAGACAAUGAAGUUUGCAACAGUUGCCUCAGGGUGAUCCCACCUCCUAGUCUCCUCCAGCCCUCGGCCUGCAAACAACCACACCCAUCCCAGUCACAGGCUCCUUAGAACACACUCACAAAAUCUUUUACAAUUCAGAAGGAUUCCAUGGCAGAAAUGGGGAGUUGCUGUGGCUUUCUCAAGCUUCCACUCUAGAAGGAUAUCUCUCUGGAGAAUCUGAAGAGAGCUUUUCUGCAAUAACAAAAAGGGAGCCUUAUAUUUAUUGAAGCAUACAUUUUUUAAAAAUUUCUUCUCAGCUUCUUUUUUGUGAUGUGUGAAGUGUAACCCCAAUGCAUAGACAGAUACUCAAAAUGGGGGGUGGGUGGGUAUUGCCAACAGGCCAGGAAAUACCAGAGGUCUAGCUGCUGAUGUUUAUAUAUGAAACUGCUAAGUAUACAAGAUGAGCACACAACCAUUCACAAAUGGUUGCAUUUUGUUAGGCUAGUUUAGCUCAACCUGUAGUGGCUGAGGAAGGCGUUUCUCUUUUAAAGCUCUGGUAACUCAAUUAAAACUCUGAAUUCAUCAGCUUAUCAUAGGAGCCUCCAUUGAAGUUCCUUGGUUGAAGAAUGUGAACUUUCAUAUCAGCAGCAGAGCAUCCCAGACAAGUGAAAUGUUCUUCCGCUUGUUUCUGAAUACGUUGCUAAUUUUAACUGGCUGAGAUUUUGUUUCAAGCAUUUGAUGGAGUGGGCCUUGGCCUAUGAAAGCUUGUGCCACAAUAAAUUUCUAAAGUUUUUAA